UUCUUUGCUUCCCAAAACACUGAUUAGGCGUGCGCAUCAACGGAAGUCUUCCCACAAUGCACCGACAAGAAGAAAAUGGCGGCGUCCAUAGACGAUUUCGAAUUUUUGGAAUCGGAGGAUUAUUAUGCAUUUUUGAAUGUUGACCGAGAGGCCACCCCAGAACAGAUCAGCAACAGUUUCCGUCGCCUGAGUAAACUGUUCCAUCCUGACAAGCAUGCAGACAAAGAUGCUAAGGCCAGCGCCCUAGAACUCUUCAAUAAACUACAGGAAAUAUAUGAAGUGCUCAGUGACCCACACAAGAGAGCCGUCUAUGAUACACUGGGAGUGAAAGGGCUAGAGACAUAUGGCAAAGAGGUCGUGCUGCGUAGCCGGACUCCGCAGGAGAUCCGUGAAGAGUACCAAAGACUGCUGCAGCUGGAGGAGGAGAGGCGCAUGCAGAACAGUGUCAACCCAAAGGGAUCCCUGAGGAUACAUAUAGAUGCAACCAACAUAUUUGAAGGUUACAGUGUGGAUCCUGACGAGACAUUACUGCCCAAAAUUGAUAUCAAGUCUAUGUCCAUUAUGCAGUCUGUCGAGGCACCCAUCACACACAAUAAUACCGUAGAGCUGCAGGGUAUGCUGGGAGUAGAAAAUGGCUACGGAAAUGGCUCCGUCAAUGUUCUCUGGCGAAGACUUACAGGAAUACAUGGAUGGUGGCAGUGCCAGUUAGCUGUAGGAAGUCCUCAGCCCUCUGCUUUCUCCCUGACCCACUUCAGAACACUGACCACACGAUGUCACAUGACAGCAUCAGGAAUAGUUCGAGUUCUUCCAAGGGGGUUAGAUUUCAGUACAAACUCGAUGUUGUCCUAUCAGCUGGACAGGUCACUGGUUGGCAGAAUACAUUUAAAUAUCAGACCAUGGAGGCGGCAUUUGUCUGUGAUGAAAACUGAGCUUGUAUGGCAAAACCCUAAUAACCAUCUAGAAUUCUCUCUACAGCUAAGCAUGUCAAACACCAAUAUAGCCUGUGUAUAUGUUAGGAAAUUCCUGGAAGAUGAUGCCAAAUUCAAAGUAGUAGCAAGGCUAGGUGUUUACUCCAGUAUAUUUGAGUAUGGCAUAGCCAAGAAGAUCAGCAAAUACAGUGUGUUGGAAGCAUAUGUGUCUGUAGGAGUGCCAUCUGGAGUUAUGCUCAAAAUCAAACUCCACCGAGGUAACCAAGACUUUCACUUCCCCAUCCAGCUGUCUGAUGAAAUUCUUCCCAAAGCUAUCUUCUACGGCACAGUGGUGCCCCUGGUGACUUACUUUGUGGUGAAGAAAUUGAUAGUGGACCCAUUUGUACAGAAGGAAAAGGAAGAGGACACAGACAAGAAAAAAGAAAAAUAUGCAGAUUUAAUUGCUGAGAAGAGAAGACAGGCACAGAGUGCUGUGGAGUUGAUGAAGGAGACAGUUGAGAGGAUACGUGAGGAAGAAGAAAGAAAGGGUGGCCUGAUCAUAGUGAGGGCUGUCUACGGGAAGAUUAUCUCCACCGAUUCUGGUGACUUCAAUGAAAGCCAGUGUAUAGAUGCUAACAUCCCGCUGCAGGUCAUGGUGAAAAACUCGUCUCUCAUUUUGCCAGAAACAAAGUCAAAGAGUGAAAUUCCUGGCUUUUAUGACCCAUGCAUGGGAGAGGAAAAACAUUUGUAUAUCAGAUACAAAUUUCAGAGAAAACUGCAUGAAGUUACAAUAGCAGAUAAAGAACCUAUCAGGCUUCCUCUUGCAAAACACAUUAUCAGAAAUAAUACCAGUGAAAAUAGCUGAUGCACAGAAGAAAUAGAGUCACAGCAACAUCAUCUACCAUCGAGUCACUUUCAACAGAAAAAUUAUAUAUAUAUUAUAAGCAGAAUGCCAUUGCUCUGCAUUAGAAACAAUAUUACAACAUUAAAGAUAACGUUUGCAAAUAACAGACCAGAGGAGUUUCUUAAAAUCAGAAUUUUAUUAUGUCUUGUGUUAACACCAUAUUUUACCUUAGUCUUGGAAAAUGCUCUGAGAAUGAAGUGUCAACCAAACAGAAACAAGUCAAGUGAUGAAACUUUCAGAGCUAUGCUUAUUUCAUGGGCUUGGUAUUUUAUAAGGCAUUGGUCUUUAUGUGAAUAUGAAAAUAAGAAAUAACUCAAUUCUUAACCAGACUUUGUCAUCCUUCAUGUUCAUGUUUUAGGAAUUUUAAUUUGUAGAAAUGCAAUUUAUGAUAGUUGGAAGUAUUACGUUUAAUAUAAAGUACUGCCUCUAUAAAUAUGCUUGCAGGUGUGCAUAAUCUUUUUUUUUUCCUAAAUAAAUUGAUUAUUAUUUGAUGAAAGAACUGUUUUUGAGGAAAAUUUUAAAUAAGCAACAAUGUACUUUUAGAUUAGCUGUUGUUCUAGAAUGGAGAUGUGCCAGUCUCUUCAUUUUGUAUUUGGCAUUCUACAUUGCAACUUGCACAGAUAGAAAUUGAAAUUUGAAAAGGACAAAGCAGGCAUGCAUGGUAACUGAAAUUUAGGAAAAUGAAAUGUGUAGAGAGAUAGUGAAGAAAUUAUCACCAGAACAUCAUUUUUGGUGUAAAAAAAAAA